UGGUCCUGAGCCAAGUUCACUGAGCGCCGAGGAGUCUUUAACAAGCGCACUGAAUACCAUGGGAUAACGGAUGUAGCCCGAGUCCAGCUGCUCCUGGGUGUUAUAUGUUAAAAAGAGGAAAUGCGUUUAGGCAGCGUUUCCCAUUGCUCUGAUACAUGAGAAAGAGAGAGUGAGAAAGGGCAUACUUUCCCGUUUUAUUCAUUUUAAUUCGCUCAAAAGUGGAGAGUGAGGAUUUAUUUAAGUCAGGAUGGCGUCCGCUCGACAAGACUACGUCGCCCCGUGGUGGACUUACUGGCUUCACAACUUCCCACACGUUAAUUUUCAUUUCCAAUCAAUUGAUAGUGCCUUUAAACCCGGGGAAGUAAACUACCAGCAGUCUCUGAUCUUUCUGGCCUGCAUAGCAGCUGUGGGCCUGGUCUUGAGCCUGUUGCUGCUGGGCAUCUAUUUAAGUUGCCUGUGCUUCUGGCAUAGGAAAGAGGCCGAGGAGACCAAGAGACCCGACACAUGCUGUUUCACGUGGGCGGCCGUGAUCACGGGCCUGGUCAUAUGUUCUGCAGUGGGAGUGGGUUUCUAUGGAAACAGCGAAACCAACGAUGGCAUCUACCAAAUGACCUAUUCACUCUAUAACACCAAUAACACUUUGGCUGGCAUCGAUAGUCAGGUGGCUGGCUCUUUGAGCAACAUGCAGCUGCGGUUAAAGGAGCACCUUGCACGUCUGGAUGAGAUCUUUUCGCCUCGGCAGGACUACACCCAGACAGUUCGUUUCAUGCAGCAGAUGGCUGACAAUAUCAUCCGACAGCUCACUGCCAUGCCCAACAUCAGCCAUGCCAGACAGGACAUUGCAACAGUUGCUGACAAGGCCAGCUACAUGGAGUACUACAGAUGGCUGAUGUAUCUCCUGCUGCUGAUUCUAGACCUGGUCAUCUGUCUGGGAUGCUGUUUAGGACUGGCGAAGCAUUCUCGCUGGCUGCUCGCUCUUGUUAUGGUGUUAGGUAUGCUGACACUUGUACUGAGCUGGGCAUCACUUGGAGUAGCCACAACCACAGCAGUGGGUGCCAGUGACUUUUGUGUAGCCCCUGACAAAUUUAUCGUGAAUCAAACAAAGGCCUUCCUGAAAGAAGAUAUAGCCCAUUACUACCUUUACUGCAGCCAGACUCUACCCAAUCCCUUUCAGCAGUCACUGACCAUCUUCCAGAGGUCCCUGACCACCAUGCAGAUUCAGAUCCAAGGCUUGCUACAGAUUUCUAUCUCUGUCUUCCCCACUGCAGAGAGGGAUCUCUUGGGUAUUCAGGGCCUUCUGAAUGCCACAGAAAUCAGCUUGCACCAUCUCACUGCCUGGCUGGACUGCCGAAGUUUGCAUAAGGACUAUCUGGAUGCCCUGGUGGGAUUGUGUUAUGAUGGGGUGGAGGGUCUACUCUACCUCUGCCUCUUUUCCCUGCUGGCAGCCUGCUCCUUCUGCGCCAUGCUGUGCACCAUUCCACGAGCAUAUAUCCAUGUGGCCAGCAGGGACAGAAACUAUGACGACAUAGAUGAAGAGGACCCAUUCAACCCACAGUCACGACACAUGGCCCCGUACAGCACGAGCCGCACAAAUGUGCACAGCUUCUGCAGCUACAGCAGCAGCCUGGGCAGCCAGAGCAGCCUGCAGCCACCACUGCCCACCACCUCCACUGCUCCCCCUCCAGAGUACAUGAAUCAGUCGAUGCUGUUUGCAGGAAAUCCUCGCUAUGAAAAUGUGCCACUGAUUGGAAGAGGUUCACCACCACCCUCGGCAUAUAGAUACAUAUUCACCCAGCAUGAGGACCACAUACCUGUCUAUGACUGAUGCCCAGAUGCAACACAUUGGAAAUGACUACCAGGUGUAACGCGUGAGUGUCCGAACCCUGAAAUAGCCGCAACGACUCUGGAAAACUCAUAGAUGGAUAGAUUUUUAUCUUUCUGGAUACAAGUCCCCUACACAUUCUCCUUGUGGAGGAAUUCAAGACCUGCAGUUUAGUGUUACUGACCAACUCCAAGGAAGAGACUUUACCCAGAAUCCUCUCUGAAGAUGUGAAGAGCGUACAUCAACCACUAUGUAAAUACAACUUUUUGGUCAGUACAGAAAUAUAUACGAACUGCUGAAAACGUUUUGCUACACAAACUCCCUUAUUUCCAUAACAAGACAUUCAGUUGUCUUUGAUUUAGGUGUGAUGGGAUGAAUUCACACAGGAACUAAAACAAAUUCCAUCACGAUUCAGUUGUUCUGCAUUGUAAAGAAUAAAUGGUGCUGCUACCCAUUGAGCUUCUGUACAUAAUUUUGUCAUCUCGAUGCAAUGAAAUUUUUACCUCAUCUCUAGUCUGUUACGUUGUCCAGCAUUGACAACUGUAUCACAGGUCAGGACUGUAGAUUAACCACCGUGUUGAAAGAUCUGAUUUAUUUCUAGGCUGAGAUUUGAGUUGAAAUAGCUUUCUGUUCCUCAGUGCAAGGUCAAGGCUGAAGCAGUAAAUAUUUUAUUAUAUGUAUGCUGAUGAACUGUGUGAAUAUGCCUGAGCUCCACUUGUUAGCUUGUUGCUUUUUUUUAUAGGCAUCCGAUCUGAAUAAGACGUUUCCGAAUAAGAAGUCUCUGAAUGACAUGAUGAAGAAGUUUGAAAUUGGAAUACGGUUAAAGAUAUAUAGCUUGAAAUCUAACAUUUAUGAAUUCUUUAUUCUCAGAUGUUUUCUAUUGUUUAUGCUUUGAUUAAAUAAAUU